AGCACCCCUAGUCACCGGUACGAGAGAUCUCCCCCUUCUUUUCUUUUUCUUUUUUUCGUUUCUUUAAAGUAAAGCGAUCCGCGUGGCAGUGAACAGAGGGAGGUUGUGAUGGCUCACCCCGACGACAAUGAGCGCUACGCAGAGUGCCAGGGCUACCGUUAUAUCUUAAUGACGCUGCCUCACUUCCGGACCUUUCGCGCGUUAGCUCUCUCCAACGACCAGGCGUGGACGACGCACUACUCGGAUGAUGUGCUUCGUGUCGAGUCAAAGCCGCCAGGGGACGCCUCCACGAGUCUGAACAUUAUCCGCGCCACCCGCACCAUGCCGAACGUGCCCCCCUUAGUGUUGUACAACCAACUGCACGAUGCGCAGUACCGUGCCACGUGGGACAACAACAUGAUCGAGGGGUACAACAUAACCCAGCUUGACGCGCACAACGAUAUCGGCUACUACUCGGCGAAGUUCCCGUGGCCGCUGAGCAACCGCGACUUCUGCAACCAGCGGUCGUGGAUGGAGUUCACCAACGGCGAGUACCUCAUUUUCAACCACUCCGAGCCGCACCCCGACUGCCCGGAGAAGAAGGGCUUCGUGCGAGCGCGCUCCAUUCUCACUGGAUUCUACAUUCGGCCCAGCUCCACCGGCAGCGGGACGCAGUUGAUUUACGUCACGCAGAGCGACCCGCGCGGCGCCAUCCCACACAGCAUCAUCAACUUCGCCAUGACGAAAGGUGCCCGAAUGAUUUUGGACAAAUGUGAAAAGUACUCGGAGGAGUACCCGGCCUACGCCGCGAAGACGUACGCCGCCGACCACGUCUACGCGUGGCGCACGCCCAAGAUGGACUGGGACAGUCCCUAUCUGUACCCCGAGGAGGUGCCCACCAGCAGCGGCGCACCGCCACCGGCUGUCAAGCACGCCAAGGCGGAGGCGCGCGAGGAAAACAGCGCGGAGGGGCUCUACGAAGCAGCAGCCACAGAAAACCCGGAGCCUUUUCUUUCCGACGCAGCGUCACCAUCCGGCACAGCGCUGCCACUGGCCGGCGUUGCACCCUACCGCAUCACGGACGUGCUCUCCGUGCAGCAGUAUCGCUCAAUCAUGCAGGACGCGAUGAACGCGGUUGACCGAUCUUUUCUUCGCGAAGGCCGUGUACCAACGACGAAGGAGUAUAUUCUGCGGCUGAAAUAUAUAGUUGAGGGCAUUCGCCAAACAACCGUUGACGUAUAA